CCGGACACGGGCAAGAAGUGGUUCGUCAACAUGAUCUGCGACCACCGCCGCCGGCCGCAGUUCUUUGAGGGCAUCAUCCUCCAGGAGUUUGACGCCGCCAAGGGUGCCAUGGUCGGCCCGCGCAAGAACAUCUUCCGCGGCACCGAUCUCGCCCUCGUCGAGGGUCCGCAUCUGUACAAGCGCAACGGCUACUACUACCUCCUCACGGCCGAGGGCGGCACCGCCUACGGCCACGCCUGCACUCUCGCCCGCAGCAAGGACAUCUGGGGCCCCUACGAGGUCCACCCGGACAAGCACAUCCUCACCUCCAAGGACUCGCCCUUUGCCGCCCUCCAGCGGUCAGGCCACGGCGAUAUUGUCGACAGCCCUGACGGCAAGUCGACGUACCUUGUCCACCUCUGCGGCCGGCCCAUCACCCAGGAGCGCCGCUGCGUGCUCGGCCGCGAGACAUCCAUCCAGGAGUGCGAGUGGCGCGACGACGACUGGCUGUACGUCAAGAACGGGCCCGUCCCCAGCCUCCACGUCGAAGUGCCCGGCACCCGCGACGAGGAAGCCUACUGGGUCGAGAAGCGCUACACCUUCUCCUCCCCUUCCCCCUCCGCCAUUUCCUCGUCGGCCGAAUCCUCCACAGCAUCCAAGGACCGCGACACCGCCGCCGACUCCCUCCACGCCGACUUCCAGUGGCUCCGCACCCCAUACCCGAACCGCAUCCUCUCCCUGUCCGACACCCCGGGCGCCCUGACGCUCUACGGCCGUGAAUCCCCGGGCUCGUGGUUCGAGCAGUCCCUCGUCGCCCGGCGCCAGACCCACUUCUCCUACGAUGCCUCGGCGGUGCUCUCGCCGGGCUACUUCCCGGACGACAUCCGGCAGUUCGCGGGCCUGACGGCGUACUACUGCCGCUUCAACUUCUUCUACCUCGCCGUGUCCGGCACCAACGACGACUUCUGGGACGAGUCCCUGGACAUUGGCUCCCGGGGCCAGCGCGAGCUGCUCAUCAUGCAGUCCGAAGGGUCCUACCCGCACAGCAAGCUCGCGCGGCCCAUGGUCGAGCCCGUCCCCUUACCUUCCCGCGACGAGUUCGACGGCCGCAUCAAGCUAUCCCUCGAGAUCAGGGCCGACAAGCUGCAGUUCUUUUACGCGCUCGAAGACCUGUCCUCGUCGUCCUCGUCAGCAGCGGGGAAGGCGCCUGUGAAAUGGGGCGAGCAGAAAAAGAUUGGUCCCGUGCUGGACGCGAGCAUCCUGUCCGACGAGUGCGGAGGGCACCUCGCCCACGGCAGCUUCACCGGCGCGUUUGUCGGCAUGGCCGCCUCCGACAUCAACGGCACGGCGCUGCCCGCGCGGUUCGAGGAGUUUGUGUAUACCCCGGUCAAGCACCAGAGCGAUCGAUACGAGAUUUGAGGAGGAAGAAAGACAGAAAAGAAAAAAAGAAGCUGAAGGAAAUAAGUAUUUGACCGCGAGUGUGUGGUUCGUCGGGAUCAGAAAUGUAGGUAGAAUCUACAUGGUCUUACCUGUAGAAUUAGUUUUGGGGUACGACGGUCGGUAGAAACACCAAAAAUGGGACGAUGAAUAACGUAGGCUUGCUGGAACAAAUCACCAAUCACGCAUCAAGCCAUCAAAAGGGUAAUUGCAAGUAACUUGGAAUUCGUAAAAGGAUUCAUGUAUCCGUACAUACAAGUGACCCC